UCGUCUAACAUUCCGAGGAAGGAGACCGGGAGCAUGGCAGCGAGGGUACUGAUGAAAGCGAUCCACAGUCUCCGAAGUCCUGGUGUGGUUGGAGCUGCUCUGUCCUGCAAUGGCCACACAUUCUCUAGUGCCGCUGCAGCUGCCAGACCUGCGGCCCCCAGCGUGGACGCAGGUGUGAAUGAAAAGAUCCUGAACGUUCCUCUGACCCAGCCUGACUACUUCCGCCUGUCGGAGCUGUUCACCGUAAAGGACCUGUUUGAGGCCCGAGUGCACCUUGGACAUAAGAAAGGCUGCAGGCACAGGCUGAUGGAGCCGUAUCUGUUUGGGAGUCGCCUGGAUGUCGACAUUAUUGACCUGGAGCAGACAGCCGACCACCUGCAGAGGGCGCUGAACUUCACGGCACACGUGGCGUACCGCGGGGGAAUCGUGUUGUUCGUGAGCCGCAGACGUCAGUUCGCUCACCUGGUGGAGAGGACGGCGCAGGAGUGCGGAGAGUACGCGCACACGCGCUACUGGCAGGGCGGGCUGCUCACUAACGCCCCCGUGCAGUACGGGCCGGGAGUGCGCCUGCCCGACCUCAUCGUCUUCCUCUCCACGCUCAACAACGUCUUCCAGACGCACGUGGGCAUCCGAGACGCCGCCAAAAUGAACAUCCCCACCGUCGGGAUCGUGGACUCCAACUGCAACCCGAGCUUAGUUACGUACCCGGUGCCUGGCAACGAUGACACACCCGUCGCCAUGGAACUGUACUGUCGGCUCCUCAAGAUGACCAUCAACAGGGCGAAGGACAAGAGGAAACGGAUGGAGCUGCUCAAGGGGAUAUGAGAGUGAUCGAUAGGAGGGUGGACAGAGGGGGGUGCAGAGGAGCAGGGAGGUCAUCAUUUUGGCCAGAGGUUCUCCAUCACAGUCUUUUGCUCUUAACCUGAUGGUCCAAAAGGCAGCAGUGGUCACCAACCCUCUUUUCGGAGGUUUCACCUCCAACUCAAAUCUCCUGUUGGCUAAUUAAGGACUUCUUAAAGGAGACGUCCACCGGUUUCUCAGAUCUUCUGCGUAACUCUGUUGUGAUUUGUCCAAGCGACUGUUUACAGUGGUGAUGACGCGACUUCUGUAACACAGAUAUUACGAUUUUAUUUACAAUCCAAAACCACCAGUGACCCCACACGUGUCUUCUGAGCUUUAUAUGGAAUGGUGAUGCUAAAAUAGUGGGGAAAGCCCAUUGGGACCCUGCAACCUUCUCAAAUCCUAUCGUCUCAACCUUCUCAAAACGACUGUAAAUCCGCGUCUCAGACACCAGGCAGCAUUUGGUUCCUAUCGUCUCCACUGUGAACAGUUUUGCAGCAUUUCACUUCAGAUGUAAAACAGGAUGAAAACAUCUGGUUUGGAACAGUUUUGUUUACGGUUUCCCCCGUAGACAUGAAGACCUGGAUUGACGGGACGUCGGAGGACUAGUAGUGAUGCAGUACCUGUGUGUUCUUUAUGACGAUGAGCUUCUCUGUGUGAAGUGUGCUAAAUUAAAGAGGGGUUCAGUCAUAA